GGUGCAUGGGUAGGUGAUGAGAUGCUCACCGAAUGGAUACACCACGACCCAACUCCCCAAAGACACCUGUAUAUCUACUCCGAUUAAAAAGUUCCAUCGUCAAAUAUACCGCGCACAUAGCAAAAUCCGCAGUGUCUGGCCUUAAGGUAUAUGCCUGCCGUUCCUUCUAUAUGCUACGGACCAACGGCGAAUUGUGAAGUGCACCGAUACGAUUAUGGAUGAAAGUCACAAAACCUCAGACUCGCCGGAAGGACCAUUCAAACCAGCUCCGUCUCCGUGGCAUGAUAUACGAGCGCAGGUGUUUUUCUCCUUUGCAAGAGCCAACUGGGCAGAUGGUCUGCCGCAGGGUUCAUAUGGUGAUUUGGAAGCAUCGGCCCCAUUCUCGGAUCCGGAAAAGAGUGGCAAAUUCAAAGGAGGAUUCAGUUUGUGCAUGAUAGUUCGGUAUCUGGAGUCUCCUGUUGGGCCAUAUGACGAAAUUCUCUGGGCCCCGGGACUUUUCCAAGAUCCAAACCAUGGCGAAUUGGUAAAGAGAUACAGAAUUACCAGAAUAUAUGUGUCCUCACUAGCCUCGAUUUAUAACGGCCGAAGAAAUUGGAAUAUCCCAAAGACACUGGCCAAUUUCGAAUUCAUUCCGUCCGAUUGCCUGUAUCCACCGUAUCGCCAGAUCAGGGUCUCACUCCCUGAUACUCCAGAACAACCAUUCGUUUCAUUGGAUCUACAGCCUAUCGCAUUGACCUCGAGACCCAUCUUUCCAAUUUCCACGAGGUAUAUUCCCAUGAAUCUCGACAUUGUGAUGCCGCCCAUACCGGAGUCUGAUAACUGGAGGGAGAAUGGAUUAGUAGGUAGCAACAAUGAUGAAUGGAGAUCGGUACAGGUUGACAUAUCGGGUAAAGCUGGUAUGGUCAGAGUAGGAGGAGAGCUUGGUGAUGGAGAUUCAUUCCCAAAACUGAACUGGAAUGGGUUGUGGUUCUGGUUGGAUCAUGCAAAAAUGUCAUGCAUGAACGUUGGGGAGUAAGAACAGAUAAAUGGGUCUUGUGCCCUAAUAUAGUUUACUAGGGUAACUACGGUAUUAUAGCUCCAGUAAAAUAUGGCUGGUGGUAAGUCAUGAUUAAUCCAUCCUUGAGGACAAGGGACGUAUACUACCGACAUUAUGGAAUAAGUACACCUGUGGUAGCUACACAGAGCAAGAUAUAUGGCUCUCACCACGUCAGACUGGACGUUACUCAACCUUAGCGGAUCGUCUUACCAAGAGAUGGUUGAUCUCUGUACUAUAGUCAACAAACAAAACAGAUAUUUGGAGGUAGAAUUUAGUAAUUGUUAGAUAUAUAAUUAUGUACAUGAUACAAAAAAU